AUGCCCAGGGAGGGCUCUCCCACUUCCAGAGCCACAGUGAGCCUUUGCGCCCUGGAACAGACAUCUCUCCGAAUGUACAUGCCAUCAUUGAUGACGUCUGCCUGUACAUCGACUACAGCUAGCUCACAGCCUCAGCCUCAUGGAAAUGGAGCUGUCGCUGCGGCAGCCAAGACUGCGCGCCAGAGGGAGGAAGCGUAUGAAGGAGGUGGCGCCCCUUGCGUCGAGGGCUGGACCAGCUGGCGGGGUCUAGUCCGAGCCUGGUACGGGUUGGGGACGGGACUGAAGGUGUGGGCUAGUCUGGGGAUGGGGACAGCCAGGAUACGGUCAGCGGCUGUCAGCGGGCUCAGUGAAUAG